AUGUGUCGGAACAAUGCCGAACAGACGUUGCUAUAUUCACAGAAAGUCUUGCCAUAUUCUCCGCCACCGUUGCAAGUUGCAACGGCAGCUGUAGUGAAGAGCAAAAGAAGAUUCUGGAAAAGAACUUGUUCUCUGUUAAGGAUCGAUGCGUUUGGAAAACUGCCAGCUGGACUACUGGAAGUUACCCUUGUCAGUCCGGGUUCAUACAGCGAAUGCAUGAGUCUUGUUGCUCCAUACGAUGUUCAUUAUUGUUAUGCUACUGCCAAAAUUGCAAAUCAGACUGGUUCACCGAUUGGUAUAAAAAUGGCUGUUUGUAUGCCGAAAAGCUGCAACGAAGAGGAUAUCCCGAAAGUGCUAGAUUCCAUUAAAAUGGGAGGUAUUAUACCUCUUACCUAUACAUCUUCAACUUGCGUACCAACAAAUGUGAAACCUACAACUGCUUUCUGGAUAUUUAUGAGUUUCAUGGCUCUCUUUAUCUUUUGGGCUGUGCUUGCAACUGUUGUUGAUUUCGCUUCAGAUGUCUACCACAUGAGAGUGGACAGGGAAGCAAAAGUUACCCGUCUGCUUCUUGCCUUCUCCAUCUACAGCAAUGGAGGCGCUAUAUUUGAGACAAGCCCACAUAAGGAAGGAAGUCUCAAAUCACUUGCAUCAAUUCGUUUCAUUUCGAUGACAUGGGUGGUUGCUGGGCAUACGGUAGGACAGAAUGCCUUAGCUGCAGAUGCACUUGGGCCCCAGAUGCACUUGGGCCCGUGCUCACUUUGUGGGAUUCCCUAUUGUCCACAACAAUCACAAACGCUUUCUUCUCUGUGGAUACCCUGCCAGAAGUAUUGGUGGCGUAAUGCGCUCUAUAUUAAUAAUCUUUUCAGAAACUCAACGGAAUGUUACCCUAUCACUUGGUAUUUGGCUGUAGAUACACAAUUAUUCUUUAUUGCUCCAAUCUUUUUGGUCACGCUAGCUUUAUGGCCAAUUAUCGGUAAGUUUUCGGCUGCCAAAUAAAG